GUAGGGGCGGUGUUAGUCAGCUGAGCCCCUUCCCGCCUCCCCCGCCCCUCUGCGGCCGGCGCAGUGGCCCGUUCCGUCCUGGCGUGAGGGCUGCGAGGUCAGGUGGGGGGGAGCUGCUGGCGGAGGCGUCUCGUCCGCGACGGGUACCGGGCGGCGGCCGGCUCCCCCUGCGCGGUGCCGUGCUCCCUCAGUUGAGCAUACAGUAUUCCAUGAAGGAGUGGGAAGGACAGAUAACAUGAAUGCUCUGCACUUUACUGGGUCUGGACUGGUGCUGUGCUACUACUGGCACUGGAAACGUGGAUCUUUCCUUCUUCUUUCUGUUCAAAAGACCACUAAAAAUGCUUGGAUGCCCUGAAAAUAAAUUUGAAGAACAGAAGCAUGCUUUCCACUGAGACUUACACUACCAUUUGUGAUCCAGAAUGUCUCUAAGUGAGAAGAACAGUGUGGUUUUUGCAUAUGAAUCUUCAGUACAUAGUACCAAUAUACUUCUCAGUCUUGAUGAUCAGAGAAAGCAAGAUAUUCUUUGUGAUGUUACUAUUUUAGUGGAAGAUCAGCGAUUUCGGGCUCACAAAGCUGUGCUUGCAGCUUGCAGCAGUUACUUCCUUUCAAGAAUUGUGGGCCAGGUGGAUACUGAUCUUAUCAUCACUUUACCGGAAGAGAUAACACUUAAAGGAUUUAGUCCUUUGCUUCAAUUUGCAUAUACAGCUAAACUUGUUUUAAAUAAAGACAAUGUGUCUGAAGUCUGCAAAUGUGCUGAAUUUUUGGGUGUACGCAACAUUGAGGAGUCUUGCUUUCAGUUUCUCAAAUUCAAAUUUUUGGACUUCAAAUCAGAUCAGCAGGAGUGUCCUGGAAAGAAGUGUUGUACACAGCAUUGUCAGAAGACCAUCCCAAAACUUUGCAACGUGGAUGUUGGAGACCUAGAAAUAGAUGAUGAAGCAGAAGAACUUUUAGAAAAGGAAUGUAUUCAAAUUCCUGACACAAAGCUCUGUAAAGAUGAAGAAAGUGCUAAAUCGUCACCUGCUCCCCAAGAUAAUGCCAAUCAGAUGUGUGAUCCUGUACACUUAGAAAGGGGUAAUGUUGCCAGCUUAUCGUCCCAAUGCCCAAAGUACAGGAAAUUCCAGAAAGCUUGUGGAAAUGACAAAGUUCAUAUGUCAGAGUCCAGUUCCAGUAUUAAAGACAUUCACGUGCCACCAAUUGCAACUUGUCUUGAGAAGGAAAUAUCUGAUAAUGAUGGCAUACAAAAACCUCAGGAGAGUGUACCUAUGCAGCUAGUCUCAAAAUGUGAAGAGACUCAGGUGAAAACGGAAGAAGGGCAAGAGGGCCUUGAGAAAAAGGAACAGUCAAAGAGAGAUUCUGUGACUCAGAAUGUGUUGUGUCGUCCCGUGGAGAAAAUGGAACUUGCUGCUUUCCCCCAAAACUCAGGUACACCUCAUGGACUCAAUUCUCUGUCUUUUUUACAUACUUGCGAGCAAUAUGGUAACUUGAAUUUCAAUAGUACGCAAAACAACACAGUGUUAGCUGACAAAACUAUAUCAGGUACUGGAAUUGGGAAUGACAAAACCGAAAGUCAAGAGGACACACCAUCAAAGGUCAAUUUGUGCACUGGGGAAGCCACAUCAGCUGGUGAUCGAAGCAGUGUGGAGAGAGAGGUAGCAGAACAUCUAGCAAAAGGAUUCUGGAGUGAUAUUUACAGCACAGAAGCCUGUCAAAUACACUUACCACCUGCAAUUCCAAAAGAGUGCUCGGAGCCAGAAUAUUCGGGGAAAAAAUCAGAAUGUCCAUGGCUGGGUAUCAGGAUCAGUGAAAGCCCCGAACCUUGCUCUCAACAAACUUCUACAACAUUGAGUUCUGUCAACUGUCCCUUUAUAAGCAACCUUAGUACUGAAGGGUACUCCAACAGCUCUGAAGUAAGCACUGGAGAUUACGUUCAGGGACAGCAACAAGAACAGUGUCCCUAUAAUUAUGUGAUAAGUUUGGGAGAGGAUUCAGAGACUGACACCGAGGGAGACAGUGAAUCCUGUUCAGCAAGAGAACAAGAGUGUGAGGUAAAACUGCCAUUUAAUGCACAGAGGAUUAUCUCACUUUCCAGAAAUGACUUCCAGUCAUUUCUGAAAAUGCAUAAAUUAACUCCUGAACAGUUGGACUGUAUUCAUGAUAUCCGAAGACGAAGUAAAAAUAGAAUUGCAGCCCAGCGAUGUCGGAAGAGAAAACUUGAUUGCAUACAAAAUCUUGAAUCUGAAAUUGAAAAACUGCAAAAUGAAAAGGAGAACCUACUGAAGGAAAGAAACCACAUUUUAUCAACUCUGGGUGAGACGAAGCAAAAUCUGACUGGACUUUGUCAGCAGGUUUGUAAGGAAGCAGCCUUGAGUCAUGAGCAAAUACAAAUACUUGCAAAGUAUUCUUCCUCAGAUUGUCCACUUUCAUUUUUAUUCCCGGAGAGAGAACGAACAGCUCCAUCUGAAAAUGAGCUUGCAAUACCGACUUGUUUAGAAUUAGCAGAUGGCCUUUCAGGUGUGAACUCUACAGAUGAUCAGAGUUCUUGUUAUCAAAUUGUGAAAAGUAUGUGUGAUGCAACAUGUGAUCAAGUACAGAAACUGCAGCCAACUUCUCUAAGAACAUUAGAGAAAACUUCGCUUGUGGAACAGUGUGGACAGAGCGGUGGUAUCACAGACUUCUGUCAGCAAAUGACUGACAAAUGCACUACAGAUGAGUGAGUCUCGUCCUGUUACUAGCCUCUCAAUGUUGCAACCAAAAGCAAGACUGAGCAUUAUUGUAAAGUAACUUAGUAAGUGAAAGAGGAAAUGAAAUUUAAAUCUUUUGAAAAUACAUUGACAGUGACAUGAUCAUCUUGGCAAGCUUUGGGUUUACUCUGCGUAGUUCAAGAGUGUCAUUUGUAUGUGUCAGCCUUGGAAUUCUCUCUGCGUGGUGAUGCCAAGGAGAGUUCAGGAAAGCUGUUGGGAAGUAUAAACAUUGUACACAGAUGUUUAUUUGUGAGGAAGCUUUUAUUAAGAUAUAGAGCAGCCUUCACUCUGAUUUAUGCCAGAGUACCUAAUGCCACUCUGCAUCUCAAGACAGGAUGCCUAUUAGGUGUUUAUUCACAGUGACUUGUAUACCUGGAAUUCUCUCUCAAGAUUUCUUUGUUUUUCCUGGUGGACAAACCCUAAGAAGCAUAUAUGAGUUCUGUAAAUGUUUAUUUUAUGGAUGGGUUUGGAUAACAUGACAGUAUGAGGACAAUCUGGAAAGUGUGCUCUGGAACAGCUCACUGCUUUCUGCUGUUCCCAUCCCUAUACUAGAGCCAGCUUUUAUUGAAUAUAUGCCUUUGUCUUAGCUCUCCAGUAUGUAAUUAAGACAACUGGAAUAGCAGGAAUGCUGAAGCAUACUGCUCUCUUCUGUAAAUUCGAUGAGAGGAACAACAACAUACUGGGAAAGGCAGAAGUUUGAAACUGAUACAGUUCCUUGAUUAGUGUGCAUUGGAUCCUCUGGCAUCUGUAUUCUCUAUGCUUGUUUAAAGUUCAUUACUGUUUUGUGACUUACUGUUCUAGCACCUUCAAGCUUGCUGCUGCUUGUGAUAAGGAGUCAAAGUAUUGUGAAAGUUUAAGGACAGUUUAAGGUAUUCAGGCACCAAACUCUUCAACUGCAAUGCCUAAUUGCCUAAAAUAUAAUAUACAAAUGUGUUUGUUUGAUGAUCACUGGGACCAGUGAAGAUCUAUUUCAGAAAAAAUUAGUCUCUGGGAUACUUCUGUGGCUGAACCUGUAGCACAUUUUCAAUGGCUUGUGCUGGAAGUCUAAACGUAUAGAAAGCAUCAUAAGGAAAUGAGCUGGAGGAAUUUUCUUUACUUGUGAAGGAGAAAUUCAGCCACUAAGAAUAAUCCCCAUGUUUUAGAUUUUUACAUUUCAGUAGACGCAUAUUGUUAUACUGAUGAUGCUUUGCUAUUUAGAUGUUAUUCUCACACCAGAACUAAGUAUUGAACCUCACCACAGAAACCUUUGGUUUUGCUGGUGUACAAAACAUGAAGAAUCUUGUACACACCAGUGGAAUUCUUCAUUUCCUACCUCAGAAUGUAUAUUAGCUUUCUGUGUCUUUGUGUGCAUGUAUAGUAGGCUGCAACUAAGCAGAGGACUGUUGUAAAUACUACUUUGCAGUUUUAUCUUGCAGUGAGGCAAAACUUGUUCUUGGAAGGGAUCUUUUUUUUUCCUUUCCUCCUUUAUAGGUAACAUAGCAUUAAUAAAUAUGUUAAGACUAUUAAGCCACUUAUUUAAAAAAACCAAUUAAAAAAUUUUACAGAUUUCAACAGUACUUCUCAUAACCAGCACGUAAUACAAGUGACUACACUACCUCACCUAUGGGAUUGAAAGUUGAUUCAAAUCUCUAGUGAUAUCCUUGGAUUUUCAUCAUAUAGAAUUACUUUUUUAAGGAGAAAAUGUAUGUUAAUGGAGCAUAGCUUGUAUAAAAUGGUGCUUGCAGUAGCUAAAAUUCAGAAAUAAGUACUAUAUGGCAGACAUCAUGAAAGUUCUACUGCUUUUAAUGUAUUUUCAGAUAAUUGGAUUGAAAUGCUUCAAAUUACUCUCAUUGAUAUAUGUUGAUCCUGUAUAUGUAUUACUCAUGAAGCUCUCUGGGUUUUUUCUCCAGUGUCUGUAUAUGCCUGGUUAAUUUAAUCCUGCCUCCCUCCUGUGCUGCCACUCUGGGCAGUGUUUUACUUGUAAAUCUCCAUUUUAUUUAAAGAGCAAACCAACAAGAAAAAAUAAAACUAAAGAGCCCCAAACCUCUCUACUGUCCAUAUAUAAUAUCACUUUUAAAGCUGGUGAUGCUCUGAAAUGACGUGGAUAAUGGUGUUAAAGCAUUGUCCUAAUAGUACACAUACUCUGAAAUGGAAUUCCUUGGGUUAAAUACUUACUCUAAAGAGGUGGGAGUGUAUAUGUAGAGAAUGACUGGCCAGGACCUUGAACGUAUCGAGUGGUUCAAACCCCUGACACACUUGGCUGUGGAUGUUGGAAAACAAGGUCAGUGGUUACCAAGUUCAGAGGCUGGAUUAUCUGCCAAAGAGUUGUGCUCCAGUGCUGCAGUCUGGUGACUAGCCAGGGUCUGAAUUCCACCCGGAAAACAGUGCAGGGCUUCCAGUGCAGCAGUCAUGGCUGCCAUUGACAUAGAGUAGAAUUCAUGUCAUGUUUGAUGAAAUGUUUGAGGGUAGGUUUUUGCCUAACCAUCUGCAUCUAAAUAAUUUUGAAAAUAGUUAUUUAAUACAAUAGGACCCACAAGUUGCAUGUUGACUUCUAUAGCCUGUAUCAUCAACUUGCAAAAGUUAAGAAUGAAUGAAUGACAAUUUUAUGAUACAGAAUUCUCAGGUAAAUAUUUUGGAGGGUUUUUUUUAAGUAAAGUAAUACUCAGUUUUGAAAUUGUAAAAUACUUUGUUAAAGCAUGUUUGAAAAAUACUUUGAACAGACUAUCUUAAAGCCAUAAGAGUAUGAUGGCAUACAGAUUGUAAAAUAAACAGAUAAUUAAAACAAUUGAUUUUGUAUCUUUCAUAAUUCAGUAUUUUUUAAAACUACAAUAAAAACCACUAUCCUUUCUACAAAGGCUUUUUUUGUACAAAUCUCUUUGAGUAAAAUUCUUUACUAGUGCAUUAUUCGCUUAUGUAGUACUACUGUAACAUUUCUGAAAGCAGUAGCAAAAUAGUCUAUAUAGUUUAUAAGUUCCCAAAUAGUACACGUGGUAGCAAAUACUACUGAGGUGGAAUAAAUUUCCUGUAAGUUUGACUUUCUGGUGUCCUGUUCUGUUUGAGUGGGUUUUCUUUUCUUGGGAACUUUUGACUCAUUUGAAGGGAGUGAAGAGGUAAAUGAAUGAUUAAUGAAGUGUGGUAGGUUUGUUGGGUCUAGAAAAAAUGAUGAUUAUGUGCAUAGUAUGGAUCAGUGCAUGAGGCUGAGGUUUAUCACAGGAGAAGCUGCAAUAAUACAUAUGUUAACUAAGCUUCUGAAGAAGGAUUUUUUGCAAUUGUAGAUCUGUUAGGUACUCUUGAAUAAUCAGAGGGAUUGCAGGGAAAUUGUCCUUUGAGAAACUGCAUUUAUCCCAGUCUCCCUCUGUCCUGAUUUCCAGUAGGAUAGCGUUAAUGGGGGUGUACCAGAAGCUGGGUGGGAGCAUGGCCAGGACAUCUGACCCAAACUGACCAAGGAGAUAUCCUGUGCCAUAUUUCACCUUACUCAGUACAUAAAUCAGGGGAAAAGCUGGCUUGGAGGCCACUGCUUGGAACAGGCUUGGCAUUGGUUAGUUGAUGGUGGGCGAAUUUUUCCAUCACUUGUUAUUCUUAUUUUUUUAUUUCUCUUUUUUUUUUUUUUUUUAUUUACAACUGAUGAGUUUUCUGUUAUCCUUCCACUUCUCCUCCCCAUCCCACCAGGGCAGAGGGAGUGGACAGCUGUGUGAUGCUUAGUUGCUCUCUGGAAAUUAAACCGUGGCAGUCCUUUUUGUUGCCAAAUCUGGGGCUUGAAGAGUUAGGAUAAUGACAGAUCUGACCAGAGCAUGUUAAAACAAAUUGUUAUAAGCCUUCACUACAACUCGGUAGUCAUUGCUCACAAUAGUGAUUUGUUUGUUUUCAGAGUUGUGUUAUGCAACUCCUUACUUGCUGACAGUGUUCCCUGUUGAGCUGUUUCACAUAUGAGAGCUGGAUUAAGGUUAUCAUUUUGCUGUACUGUGUAACACUGGCUUAUGAUAUGAUAAUAUUCCUAGUCAUGAGACUAAUCUGGUGUUUGUGCUCACCAUUGCUAUAAUUUCUGUACUUUGUGAACCAUCUCUUGGAAACUAUUAAUAAUUACACCUUUUACCUUGGAGAGCCAAUCUAUAGGGGAGACAAGGAGAAAAUGCUUUCCUUUGCUGCUUCUCCUUUCCCUUUUACUCCAGACUAGUUACAAUACCUCUUGAGAGUGUUUAGGAUUACCAUCCAGAGCUCUGCCCUGAGGCUGGGUAAUUACAAACUGGCAGAGUAUGUGGGAUAAUAUGAGCAAGUACCUAAGACAGUGAGCAACUGCAGUAUUUUGGAACUUUACCUUGGAACAAACCACAGGAUCUAGAAAAACUGGUAAAUCUGGAAAAGUAUGCUAUUCCCGUGGCAAUUUCAGAGACACCAAUCACUGCGAUGUGCUCUGCAUUCUGUGGGGAGGACUGGUGAAGCAGUGAUUUGUUUGCAUUUUGUUAAAGACCCUGCAUCAGGGGCACUGACUAUGCCCAGAGGAGGCUGUGUCCCAUCUGAGGGACCCUGUAUUGGCAGAAGCUGCAGCUGCUGGGAAGAGCCCACACCAGAAAAGUUCGUUAAGGUCUGUGUCCCAUGGGAGGAACUCUGUGUUGGAGAAGUGGAAGAAUGCCAGCAGUUGUCCUCAUCUGAGAAGAGAGAAGCAGCAGAGCCCAUCUGGGAGAGACUGACCACAUCCCCCACUCCCUACCUGCUCCGUGUCAUUGAGUUGGGGAGGAGGUAGAGAUAUCAGAAGCAGUGAGCUGAGCCUGGGAAGAAAGGAGGGAUGGGAGAGGGAGAUCUUAAAAGUGCUGGUUGUAUUUUUCUCAUCAUACUGCUUUCUUUUUGCUUUCUGUUCUGUUUCUUGUAGGUAGUAGAAUAAACUUUCCUACUUUGCCCUCUGA